AUGGAACAUGUUCCAGGGACUACACGAUACUUUGACGAUGCUGAACGACCUCAAGUAGCGGGUCCUGAAUCAGCUGGGCUAAAGCGUGAUACUUCAGGGCCAGUCCCAAUCAUACUUGUCCCACAACCAAGUGAUGAUCCUAAUGAUCCUCUUAAUUGGCCGCUUUGGAAACGCGAUUUGAUACUGCUUUCAGUCUUCGCAACAUGCCUUGGUCCCAUUCUCGCUGCGAACACCCUGACUCUGUCGUUGUUCUUUUCUCUAAAAUUCACAAAGAUUGCCCUUCUUACUGGUUACUUCCUGCUUGGUGUUGGACUAGCCGGUAUAUUGUUUGUGCCAUCAGCAAGAAUAUGGGGAAAGAGACAUUUGUUCCUUCUUGGAACAUUUCUCAUUGUAGUCACCUCGGCUUGGGGAGGUGCUUCACGAAGUUACACUAGUCUGCUAGUGGCACGAAUAUUCCAAGGCAUUGGUACCGCUCCCUUCGAGGCACUAGUAAAUGCAUCGGUAGGAGACCUGUACUUCGUUCAUGAACGUGGAAAGCGUAUGGCUCUGACCAAUCUUGCUGUCUUUGGCGGAGCUUUCUUCACGCCAAUCCUUGUUGGGAAGAUUACACACACGAUUGGCUGGUGGUGGACUUUCUAUUUCGUAGCUAUCUUUGCUGGAGUCUGCCUACCACUAGUCUUCUUCUUUGUCCCAGAAACUGCAUAUCGCCGGGAAUCUCGACUGAAUAUUGAUAUGGCUUCCACUGAGGAUGUACACCACUACGACGAUCCCGAAAAGGAACCUCCCAAUUCCACCGUCCCUGUUGCCACCGAGAGCUCUCAGGCAGCUCCAAGUAGCCACGCUAUUGGGCAUCAGUCUCCGGAAGCCAGUAUACCACUCGCAAGCUGGACACAAAGAUUGGCGCCGUUCAAUGGAAGAAAGACAGAUGAAAGCUUCUUCAAAUUGUUCCUCAGACCCUUUCCGUUGUUUGCUCACCCAGCUAUCCUGUGGGCUUGUCUCAUCCAAGGCACAAUGAUUGGAUGGACAGUAUUCAUCGGGAUUAUUCUAGCUGCUAUCUUCCUUGGGCCGCCACUUUUCUGGGACGAAGUCAACACUGGUUAUGCUUACACAGGGGCUUUCAUUGGAGCAAUCAUCGGCUUUCUCAUUGCCGGAAUCAUAGCCGACUGGAGCGCCAGAUAUAUGACUCGGAAGAACAAGGGAAUUUACGAGCCAGAAUUCAGAAUCAUCCUUGUAAUUCCCCAACUCAUCUUCGGAUGUGCUGGACUCUACCUUUUCGGAGUUACUUCUGCAACGCUUACGCAUUAUUCCUGGGUGGUCCCAGUCGCUGCGUUUGGGCUGGAAGUCGGAGGAAUGGUCAUUGGUGCUGUUGCUUCAAGUCUAUACAUAAUUGAUGCGCACAGAGACAUUGCAAUUGAAGCAUUUACAUGCAUGAUCAUUUUCAAGAACUUCUUCUGCUUUGGUCUGACUUGGAGUGCGUAUGAAUGGCUUGUUCACGGUGGCAUUUUCAAGACGUUCAUGUGGAUUUCAAGCAUUCAAGUCGUGGUUUGUCUCUUGAGUGUCCCUAUGUAUGUAUUUGGAAAACGAAACAGGAGCUACUUUCACAGGCACGACAUCCUUAAGCUUACAGGUUUGCAAUGA